CACGAGCUCGAUUUUCCUCAAGUGCAUUACUAUGAAGCCGUUGAAAUUGGGAAUCAUCGGUGGUUCUGUAUUCGUUUUUGGAGUUCUAUUCUGUGCAGUGUUCUUUCCUCUGUUUAUGAGGUCGCAAAUCAAGAAACAAAUAGCCCUGAAACCGGGCUCCGAGAUACGGGAAAUGUGGUCGAACUUCCCUUUUCCUGUUGACUUCAGAAUUUAUCUCUUCAACGUGACGAAUCCCGACGAAAUAACAGCAGGGGCGAAACCAAUACUCAAGGAAGUGGGGCCAUAUUUCUACGACGAAUACAAGCACAAGGUGAACCUUGUCGAUCGCGAGGAAGACGACACCGUUGAGUACAAUGUAAAAAUCACCUGGGUCUUCAACCCUUCGCGAAGUAACGGUCUGACGGGCGACGAGAUACUGGUGAUGCCCCAUAUUCUUAUUCUCACCAUCGUGAAACUUACCCUGAUGCAGCAACCCAGCGCGAUGGGACUGAUCAAUAAAGCAAUGGACAGCAUUUUCAAGAAGCCCAAUUCAGUGUUCGUGAGGGCCAAAGCAAAGGACAUACUCUUUGAAGGUUUGCCCAUCGAUUGCACGGUGAAGGAUUUCGCCGGAUCCGCGGUUUGCAGCCAACUGAAGCAGCAGGAAGAUCAGUUCAGAACAGACGGCAAGGGAAAUUAUUAUUUCUCCAUGUUUGGCAUGAGAAACGGCAGCGUACUCCCUGAACGGAUACGCGUGUUGCGGGGAGUGAAGAAUUACAAAGACGUAGGUCGUGUGACGGAGCUCGAUGGAGAAAAGAAAUUGUCCCUCUGGCCGGAGGAUCACUGCAACGAGUUUAACGGAACGGACUCCACGAUUUUUCCACCGUUGAUGACCGAAAAGGACGACAUUGUCUCAUUUUCUCCGGAGAUUUGCAGAAGCAUGGGUGCGCAGUUCAGCCACAAGGUCACCGUGAAAGGCUUCAAGGCGUUACGUUACACGGCUGAUUUAGGAGACGGUAGCACAAGACCCAUGGAGAAGUGUUAUUGUCCAUCACCUGAGAACUGUUUAACAAAAAAUUUGUACGACAUGUACAAGUGCCUAAAGGUGCCCUUCGUUGGUUCUUUGCCUCACUUUUAUGGAUCGGAACAGAAGUAUCGGGAUAUGGUCGAUGGAAUGCAUCCUGACGAGGAGAAACACGGUAUCGCUUUGGACUUUGAGCCACUGACAGCCACCCCAUUGCGCGCAUACAGGAGACUGCAGUUCAACAUGUUCUUGGGUCCAGUUGCGAAGCUCAGGAUAAUGAAGAAUUUUCCAGAGUGUUUGUACCCUAUUUUCUGGCUCGAGGAAGGAAUCGUGAUACCAGACGAAUUCGUUUCGAAGUUGAGCACAGUGUUCCUGGUGAAGAACAUUGUCGGAAUCGUAAAGUGGAUUACGAUAGUCCUGGGUGCCGGAGUAAGCGUGGGAGCUGGCGCGUUGUACUACAAGAAUAGAGAAAAGAACAAGCUGGAGAUCACGAAAGUGGCACCGCAGUUGCAAGACAAUAAAAACGGUGAAGAGAAGAAGUGGCCCUCGAAGAUGAGCAUCAGCACCGUGCAGAGUGCGUCGGUGCCGCCUAGUCUCGAUAAGGAUUAGACACCGUGAAUUUUAUUUUCGAAUUAAUUAUGGUUCACCACUCUGAAAGCCUGAAAGGUUACAACUGGGGGAAUUUUAAUUUUAUGCAUUUACUGGAAAUUAAUUGCCACUUGUAAUUAUAGUUGGAAUGUGUUAUAUAACAUCUUCUUUCAAUUUAGUGUUUUCUGUUUAUUCAUCUUUGAAAAAUUAAAAUUAAAUUGUACAUUUAUGUAUUAAUGUACGCCAUAAAUGCAUAAAAUUCGCAGUUCAUGGAUUGUUGUACUCGUUAGGAGUGUAUUGAUCCGAGGAGAUCAGCAGGACUCCGAGAAUUUACCCCCAGAAGCUAUUUUCGAAGAAUUGAGCAGUACCGGAAAUGUUUUAGGUGAACAGUGUUGUGACUUAUCUUUGCAUUCUCCUGUUUCGAUGUUAAAUUUACAUGGUCAUGGUUCCUAUAUUUAUCAUUUAUAUUUAUUAUUUCCACUUUGAUUGACGUGCUACCAGUCCGUUGUUAAUAAAAAUGUAAACACGAUCCGUCCAUUUUUAUAGAUAUCGAAAUGAAAUAUAUUCAGACGGUAGUUACAGCGACUAAAGAACAUAAUUGGCAACCGAAAAUCAUUAACGUACAAUAACUAACGUUAUUAUAUGUAAACUUAAUUUUAAUUGAAAAUUGCUUUCAAUCCACUAUGUACGAUUCACGAUAAAAAAAGUAGAUUCAUUUUAAUAAUUUAAACUUAAUUGCAACGAUUAGUUUCCUUCUAGUAUUUUAUGUAUAUUUUAUAUAUAUCUUAUUCUGUUCUAUUAUGUUGUUUAAGAGACGCAACAAUGUUCUUGCUAAGAAACACAUGGUUAAAUCUGACCAUCUAUUGAAACUAUAUUUUAAGAAGUAUUUUAAGAAGUAACACGUACAGAAUUAUGUAUAUAUAUUAUAUUUGUUUGUAUUGUACAUAUGUUUUGUUUGUAUUACUUAAAAUUCGCAGUUUACUUAUAAUACUAUAGUUUACAAUGUGAGUAGAUUAUGUAAAAAAGUGUAAUUAAUUAAUGAACAAUAUUUUCUAACGAACCUACAAAUUCGUUGUUAAAUUAGAUUACUAGUUCACUUAUAUUUUUAACUAUUACAUUAGAUAAUGUUAAUUAUACUUAUAAAAAUAUAAAGCAGCUUUAUAUUUGAGGAAGGACGGUGUACAGGAUAAAAGGGUAGUUGUUUUGGGUAUAAAAGUGCAAAUGUAUAAAAAGAACUCAAGGAUGCUAAGAGAACAAAAGUCUAAAUAAAAAUGUUAUAAUUAUAUUUACUAAAAACGCAAGUGAACAAAAAGAACUUAUGGAAGAGAAUUUAUGGAACAAUAAUUCAGAGGACGAGGUAAACCAGAAAUAAGAAAAUCUCUCAGAACAAUCUCAACAGGAGUCUAAAAAAAUAAGAAAGGAUAUGCACUUGGCGUAAUUACUUUAUUUAUUAAUUUAUUUAAAAAUCUAUAAUGUUGGUAAAUAUCGAUAAAUUGGUCAGCGCCCCUAUCGGGAAAACGCCCAAGUUUGUCCUCGAAUAGUUCCUAUUUUCUUUCUGCUAGAUGGCGCCUCUAAUAGUUCCUAUGUUUUUCUGCUAGAUGGCGCCAUUUAGAUACCUUUUCCGAUACAAAAUUUAUUUAAAGUUCUAGUUAACAAACUAUUGUUUAUAGGUUUAAUUUGUUGCUUUCUAUAUGGUCACAACCUACUUUAGUAUUAGCCAUGCUGAGGCAACAAUGGCAACAAUUUUGUAUCAAAGAAUCGCAAAGUGGCUUUAACACAGUAAAUGCUUUCUGUAUUUCAUAGCAAUUCGAUAACGUUCCAUUUUUAUGUAAUAGAGAAAAUAUACGAAACAAUUAAAGUUCUUAGACGACUUCAACAAUGUGCAUUGCUGUGCAUUUUAUAAUCUUAUAUCUGAAAACAUUGAACAUAUGAGCUUCAAGUUCAUUUUACGGAACCUUGAUUACAGAAAGCAUUACAGAGUCUGAGAAUCUGAGAUUUGGUGUGAUAGGUAUAUAACAAUUUGUAUUAUUUACAAAAUAAAUAUCUCAGUUCUUGGCAUAUGUUUAUUUGUUAUUUUUACUGUUCAUUUUCUGCGACUGGAUUUAUCGACUGCAUGUAAAAAUAAAUAUUUAAGAACCCUAACUCUGAUAAAUAUAUUUUACC